GUUUCCACAGACUGCAGGUGCUCCCUUGCAUUUUCUGCUUCCAUUCUCUGCUUCCCUUCAACCCAGACCUACCAGAGUUGCCAGAACCCAUGUGUGGGAGCCUUUAGCAAGCUGGGAUCUAGAGCCUUUGGCUCAUGUAAUUACACAAACAAGGCUUUGCUGACAACCACAGCCUUUGCCUGCUUCACUGUCUGGUGCCUUGGGUCAUGAUCUCUCAGUGCUGUGACUUGGGUAUGAAGUUUAGGGAGUGUAAUUAUGCCAAGAUCAAUUGAAACUCUAAAACUUUUAAGUCUUUACAUGGUAUUGUUUACCCAUCGUGGUCGAUCCCAAAAUGCAAACACAUACAAACCAUGAGUUGCCUUUUAAAAACCCUCCUAUGAAAUCCAGGACAUCUUGGACAUCUUUACAGGCUACAGAGGGAAACAUCUACUGUAUGAAAAGUGCCCUGCUAUCUUUUGCAUCCACAAAAGAGGUUAGGAAACUUUAAGAAAAGCCCUGAAGUGAUCUGAAAUUUGGACAAUGUACAGUGCAAUUUGCCUGCCUUGGAAGGAUGGAGAGUUUAGACAAUUCUGCCUGAAAUUAAAGCUGACUCCAGGGAGGCUGGAUGUAACAAACAGGAUGCCUGGAUCACAGUGACAUUCCCCUGGGCAAUUGGAGUUAUUUGUAUACAGAAAAUUGCCAAGCUGCUAUCUUUCUUCUUCUAUAACACAAGCGAAGCCAAAGGAUUUUGGUUUGUUCUGAAUGCUGCUGAAACUUUAUUCCCCUGCACAUAGAUUAUCUGUGCUGAAAGCUGAGUUUCAUCAUGAAGCAAAUUUUAUCUGUUUAGAUCUUAAACCUUUUUAGGGCAGAGAUAAAGGGUAAGAACACAUAAUCUCAGCUUUCUAAUACUGACACAUAAUCCAUUAGGGCUUUUUUUCCCCCUUAUAAAUGUAUAUUACAUCCCUGCCCACUGCUUCCAGAGCACACACAAAAAAAUCACUUUAGUGAUUUUUGAAUUUUCUGUUGAGAGUAUAAAGAACACUCUGUAAGAAGAGCAUGUUGUGCAAUGUAGUGAUUUCUAAGAAAUGGUGGCUCUUGGGCCAUCUGGGGCAGAUUUGUUGCCUGUGUUCUAACCAAACCUUGGUUUGUUAUGAAGGACCUUGUGAUUUUCCUUUGUUUUCUCAGGAACAGCAAUAAAAACUUAUUUAUGAAGUUCUUGAGAGAAAUCUACCUUAAAUCAUACAUGAACUCACUGCGGAUUGUUCAAUUUUGUAGCUUCUCUUUUCCAGUUGUUUAUCUUGUGGCAAAAAAUAAUCACACUUCACCCAACCAGGUAUACUUAGCUUUUUUCCAUCAGUAACAACUGGCUUAACACUUAAUGGAAAAUUAGCCUUCCUUCCUGCUGCCUGAAUUUCCUUGUCUUGUCUGGAGUUAGUUUGAACUGCUGAGCUAAACUUAAAUGUACUGAUCUGGUUUAGAAUUUGAUAUUAGUUUACAGAAUUAACCGUUGAUCAGUUUAUUGCUUUAGCAUAAAUUGAUGCUCAGAAAUGCAGGUAUUUAUGAGAUUGAAUUAGGUGCAUCUAGUUUGAAAUUCAGUGUGCAGAGCUGUCUCUGCUGUGCAGGGGUGUGCACAUUCCUGCCUCCCUGCUCUCCCACCCUCCCUGGUGCUGCUUCUGUCGCUUGCCAGGGGAAUCGAUUCAGCUCCACGCAGCGAGGUCAUGCUCACAUCCUUGUUGUGGUGAUGGGCUGGCUUUGAGGCUGACCUGGGAGAUGUUCCAAAUUCCCCCCAGCAGCAGCCUGCAGUUAGAGGAGCUUGGGUGUAACGCAGAGCUGCUCUCUGUGUUGGCUUUGAUGGAGCCAGUGCUCUCACAGUAGGAGUGGAGCCACAGCCCAAGCAUGUACUGGGGAUUUUAUUAACCUGCCACCCUUUGUCAGUGAUCCCUCUCUACUGGCACAAGGGGAGGAAAGGAUUAGAACUGGGAUUUUAUCUGCAAAAUGGACAAAAAAAACGUUUGAGCAGCUCAGCAGGGAGAGAUAAUUUACUUAAAGGAAAAAUAAUAAAGGCACGGAGGAAAACUGAAGUCCUCCAAGAGGAAAUUGGGCUAUUGAACUCCACUGGAGUUCAUCAGGAACUCUUCCACCAGGCACCUCUGUGCUGCAAGCUAAUCCUGGAGUCCCAGAAGCAGCCUUGGAGGUGGAGAUAUGCAUUCUAGCAGUGAUUAGUGCCCAUUAAGGUACAACUGGUGUCCAGUAAAGUGCUUUUGGCUACAGACUAAUAAUUCUUGAUGUUUGAGGCUGCUUGAUCUCAUGCAUCACCCAGUGAAGAACUGAAGGGUUUUUCUGCUUUAUUUUUUGUCCCAGUUGAAACUGCAGCUCCUUUCAGUGAGCUGGAUGCAGUUUAGGUGAGGAUCUGACCCCUGAAAACUCCAGUCAUCUCACUUGUUCCUCCUCACCAAAGGUCUUUUCCCACUGUUCUGUGCCAUGGACAAGCUAAAGCAGUAGCAUGAAAGUCCUGUUAUUUGAACAGAAGUAAUGUAAUAUUAUCAGGGGUUUCUGAUAAUUUUUAUUCAAUGUCACAGUCUUUUGGAAACAAAUUGUAUCCCUAGACUUUACAAAUUGCAUUUUGAAUUUCUGAAUCUGGAAUCUAGAAUAAUUCCAAGUACUUGUAUAUUCUGCCUUUCCCAUCCCUAAUUUAUUUAUUUAUGAUUUGUCCCAUUCACUCUUUCUACCUAAGUAUUCAGCAGAUGUCUUUGCUUGAGUCAGACAGAUUCUUCAGCAUUUCAGAAAUCUUUUUUUGAGGUCCAUACAGCAAGUUGAAGGAUUGACAAAAAUAACUACCAGGAAAGAACCUUCCUGCAUCACUAAAAAUGGCUUCUUUAGGAGAAGUAGGCAGAUUAUGGCCGUAUUUCAGAGAUGAAUCUGAAGUUUUAACCCUUCUGUUAGAACCUGUUUUCAAAACAGAGGAUUCCUAAAUGAUGGAAAAAGGAAAAAAAAAAAGCAAAACAUGGGAGCAAAUCCAAAGUACAAAUAAAUAAAUAAAAAUAACAAAAAAGUUUUAAUAAUUUUUUAAAGCAAGAAUCCAUUAUUUGCCCAUAAAAGCACGAGAACCCUUUGAAGAGAUGUACAGGCAAACUUUUAUGUCCCAGUCCUUAAUUUUUCCAUCUUUUCUCUCGUGCCCUGUGGUACACAUGCAUUGUGUGCUGUUGCUCCACCCUCGGAAGCGAUGCUUUUCUGUGCUGCUGGAUGCUGCUGGUGCCCAGCUCUGGAAUGGACAGUGCUGUGUAAUUACUGAGCAUUCCUGGCUCUCUGCCUUGCAGAGAGGAGAUCAUGGGCCCUUAUGAGCUGUUGCUGCUCUUCUCCAAAGUCUGGCUCCACCGUGAUCCCAGGUUUUCCCUACUGCUUCCAGUAAUUCCAAGCAGCAGGUCAAACCAAUCUGUGCUUUGGAGGGACUGUGUAUUAUGUUACUCUGCUGUUUUUGAGGGAGAAUGCCUUUUUUUUUGAGCUUCUCUUCCAUUCCAGUGCUACUCUUGGUGCAGGAUCCCUGUGUGUAAUUUAGUGAUUGGUUUUGGAGGGCAACAGAGCAGUAACAAUUUUUUAAUGGUUUAUUUGGCAGUCAGUAUUGUUUAAGCACACAUUCAGAAAGUUUCUUUCCCAAGGGUUAGGCUUGCUUUUUUUUUCACGGGUUUUCCUCCUGGAAAGCCUUGGCAGGAGGCAGGCUGACCAAAGCUGUUUUUUCCAGGGGAGACACUGAGAGUGUGGGAAAUCUUUACCUGAGAUAAUGUGCAGAAGCUGUUUUAAGCAACCCUGCAGGAAAAAAGGUGGUGGGAAAAAAAAGGGGUGAAUCACAGGUAUUGCAAUCAAAUGGCAAAAUGAGAGAAAAUUAGGGAAAAAAAAGGAAGAAAAUUAAAAAUGAACAGCACACUUGCUCUUGACAACAGCAAAAGGCAGCCCCUCAGUUCUUGGUGAGUAAUUUUAGCUUGUUUAGCAACAGGCUGAGCAACUUCACAUUCUUCUUGUGUGUGUGUGUGUGUGUGUGCUCUGGUGCCCUGGCUGGCAGGUGGGACCUGCUGGAGGGUCCCACCCUCCCUUUAAAAGCCCUUUAAAAAUGGGCUUUUAAACGUGACACGCUCUUUUGUCGGGGUGUCACGACGUGUGUAAAGGGGAUGGUGUGGUUUGGUGGGGUUUGGCUUCUGUGCCUUAAAGUGCUAUAAAUAAAUGAAAAUGUAACGCCUGGAAGCUCAGGAAAAGGCAAUUGGUAUCAGACUUCACCAUUUCGCUCCCAAAGCCACAGAUCUUUGAAUUUAAAGACAAAAAUAAAAGGCGGCGCAGAAAACAAAGAGGGGGGAGGGAAGUUCAUUGUUUGCUUAAGUGACUCUUGGGGCUUUUUUGGUGCUGUGUAUUUCCUAAACUGUAGAAGCAUUUGAAGUGGGGAAACAUCUUCAAAGGAAGGGCAGUUUUCAAGCAGAUUCGCAUAUAUUUCCUGGUCCAGCUCAUGCGAUGUUUUCACAUAAACCAGCUUCUCGCACUCUGGGCAGCGUCCGCAGUGUUAUCACCGUCUUAAGUUUCCCUGUGGCCGCUUUUAGCCUCGGAGCCAGCCGCUUGAAAUCCCCGAGUUCUCUCGGCAUCGGGCGGCUUUCCACGGGAGCGUCUCCUCCGGCCCACGCCCCUUGCACCCCACCCCGGCCGCUGUCGCUGCCUGUCGGGAGGGCAGCAAUGGGCUGUGUGCCCGUGUGUGUGCCCGUGCGUGUGCCCGUGCCCGCCGGGCCGUGCCGCUGUGGGGAGCGCCCGUGGCGCUGGCGGGGCGGGCGGCUCUCGGGGGGCGGCUCUCCCCGCGCAGCCCGAGCCGGGCGGCUCCCUAGGGAGGCAGCGCUGCGCGGCUCCGGCUGCGCUGCGUUCCUGCCCGGCCGCCCCGAGGAGAGGACGGGAGAGGCUCCGCUGCCCCUGCUCGGCAUCCUGGCAGGACCAUGGUGGAGCUGAUUCCCGCGGAAUGCAGCGCGCAGAGGUCCCAGCAGAGAGAUCUCCUCGCAGACGGAGCAUCUCGGGGACCAGCACCUCUGAGAAAACCAACUCCAUGGAUGUUCCGAACACUUCUCCUUUCAGAGUACCAGGCUUCUUCAGUAAGCGCCUGAAAGGCUCCAUCAAGAGGACAAAGAGUCAAUCCAAACUGGAUAGGAAUAUAAGCUUCCGUCUGCCCUCUCCCAACAAUUCUGAGGACAGACCACGUGAGCUGCCCAAGCUGAAGGAGUCCCGUUCCCAUGAGUCUUUACUGAACCAAGCCAGCACCAUAGAGACUCUGGACUUUGCAGCAGAAGAAGCAGUCUAUGUCAAACCACUUCACAACAGCAUCCUUGGACGAGACUUCUGCUUUGAGGUAACCUACUCCAAGGGCAGUAAAUGCUUCAGUUGUUCCUCUGCAGCAGAGAGGGACUGGUGGAUGGAAAACAUACGCAGGCUAUCGCAGCCGAUGAAGGACAAUUGCCGUCGAGCUGAAAACGUGCUUCGCCUCUGGAUCAUAGAGGCCAAGGACCUGACCCCUAAGAAGAAAUACUUCUGUGAGCUGUGCCUUGAUGACACCCUCUUUGCCCGCACCACCAGCAAAGCAAAAGCAGAUAACAUUUUCUGGGGGGAGCACUUCGAGUUCUACAGCCUCCCACACAUUCAGAGCAUCACGGUUCACAUCUACAAGGACGUGGAGAAGAAGAAGAAAAAGGACAAGAACAAUUACGUGGGGCUGGUCAACAUUCCCACGGCCAGCGUGACCGGUCGCCAGUUUGUGGAGAAAUGGUACCCAGUCAGCACCCCUACAGCCAACAAAGGCAAGGCAGGGGGGCCUUCCAUCCGCAUCAAAUCCCGCUACCAGACCAUCACCAUCUUGCCCAUGGAGCAGUACAAAGAAUUUGGGGAGUACGUUACCAGCAAUUACGCCCUGCUGUGCUCCGUGCUGGAACCUGUGAUCAGCGUCAAGAACAAGGAAGAAAUGGCUUCUGCCUUGGUGCACAUUCUUCAGAGCACUGGGAGAGCCAAGGACUUCUUGACAGAUUUGGUGAUGGCUGAGGUAGAUCGUUGUGCAGAACAUGAUGUCUUGAUCUUCAGGGAGAACACGCUUGCUACCAAAGCUAUUGAGGAAUACCUCAAGCUGGUAGGACAGAAGUACCUCCAGGAUGCACUGGGGGAGUUUAUCAAGGCUGUGUAUGAGUCAGAUGAAAACUGUGAAGCAGAUCCCAGCAGGUGCUCACAGAGUGAGUUAGCAGACCAUCAGUGCAACCUGAAAAUGUGUUGUGAGCUGGUCUUCUGCAAGAUUAUCAAUUCUUACUGCGUGUUCCCUCGGGAGCUGAAGGAGGUGUUUGCAUCUUGGAAGCAGCAGUGCCUGAACAGGGGCAAGCAGGACAUCAGUGAACGCCUGAUCAGCGCCUCUCUCUUCCUGCGCUUCCUGUGCCCUGCCAUCAUGUCCCCCAGCCUCUUCAACCUGAUGCAGGAGUACCCUGAUGACCAGACCUCCCGAACACUCACCCUCAUUGCUAAAGUCAUCCAGAACCUCGCCAACUUUGCCAAGUUUGGCAUUAAGGAAGAGUACAUGGCCUUCAUGAAUGAAUUUUUGGAACAUGAGUGGGGAGGAAUGCAGCGUUUUCUGAGGGAGCUCUCUAACCCAGAUACCAUCUCCAACAUGCCUGGAUACGACGGCUACAUCGACCUGGGCAAAGAGCUCUCGGUGCUGCAUUCCCUCCUCUGGGAGGUUGUGUCCCAGCUUGAUAAGGGUGAAAAUUCCUUCCUACAGGCAACCGUGGCAAAACUGGGACCUCUCCCCCGUAUCCUUGCGGAUAUCACAAAAUCCAUGGCCAGCCCUACACCCACGCAGCAGCAGCUGAAGCGUUUCACGGAGCACAGCUCCAGCCCAAACGUCGCUGGAAGUCUCUCCUCGGGACUUCAGAAGAUAAGCGAGGACCCCAGCGAUGGUGACAUAAACAAGAUGAAGUCUCCAACCCAGGAAAAUGUAGAUGGACAUUUUAGGGGCAAGACCUUACUGCUGGUUCAGCAGGCAUCCACCCAGAGCAUGACUUGCUCAGAUAAGGAUGAGAAGGUAAGUGUCUUGCCCAACGGACGGAGCAUCUCUCUCAUGGACCUGCAGGACCCGCACGCAGCUCACAGUGACAGCGCUUCCAUGAUGCACGACGUGCCUUUGCGCCUGGCGGGCAGCCAGCUCUCCGUCACCCAGGUGGCCAACAUCAAACAGCUGUGGGACACCCAGAGCGCCCCCCAGAGCGCUCCCCAGGUCCGGAGGCCGCUGCACCCGGCGUGGAACCAACAGGGCAGCCUCCGGCCCCUCUCGUUCCAAAACCCCGUUUACCAGCUCAACAACCCGAGCCCCCCCACGGCCAAGGCCUCCGUGGACUCCAGCCCGGAGAACCUGAGCACUGCCAGCUCCCGGAGCCGCAGCAACAGCGAGGACUUCAAGCCCAGCGGGCGCAGCAACAGCAGCCUGGAGGACUCGGCCAAGCGCAGCUCGCAGAGCGAGGACUCGGCGCGGCGCCCCGCGGGCCCCGACAGGCACGUGCCGGUGGUGCUGCCCCGGCAGAACAGCAGCAGCCAGGCGCAGAUCCGCAAGAUGGACCAGGCCGUGCUGGGCACCAGGGCCAAAACGCUGCACACGCUGACGCACAGCCCUUCCCUGCGCAGCACGGGCAGCGUCUCCGGGGCCUCGGGGGCCCUGGGCACGGAGCCCGUCCAGAACGGGAACCGCUCCCGGCACCAGUCCUCGUCCUCCAGGGAAAGCCCCGUCCCCAAGGUGCGGGCGAUUCAGCGGCAGCAAACGCAGCAGGUGCAGUCACCAGUGGACUCGGCCACGCUGUCCCCGGUGGAGAGGACGGCGGCAUGGGUGUUCAACAACGGCCAGUACGAGGACACCAAGAAGGACACGACUCAGAGCCUGGAUGAAGUCAAGCAUGCUGAGAAGUACGAGCAGGAGAUCGCCAAGCUGAAGGAGCGCCUGCGCGUGUCCAGCCGCCGGCUGGAGGAGUACGAGCGGCGGCUCCUGGUGCAGGAGCAGCAGAUGCAGAAGCUGCUCACAGACUACAAAUCUCGCCUGGAAGACAGUGAGGACAGGCUGCGCAGGCAGCAGGAGGAGAAGGACAGCCAGAUGAAAAGUAUCAUCAGCAGACUCAUGGCUGUCGAAGAGGAGCUGAAAAAGGAUCACGCUGAGAUGCAAGCAGUCAUUGAUGCAAAGCAGAAAAUCAUUGAUGCACAGGUCAUAAAUGGGGAUGAGAUAAUUCCAACAGGAGAAGCGGAUCGUGUUCCUGGACUCGGCCAACACGCGCCUGAUGAGCGCCCUGACGCAGGUAAAGGAGCGCUACACCAUGCACGUCCGGAAUGGCAACCCUCCCAAGCUUUCCAUCACGGAGAAUGGUGAAUUUAAGAACAGCAGUUUCUAAUCCUGCAGGUGCUGCCAACCACCUCCGUGGAAGAGCAAGACGGAGCAGAGCCGAGACCCCUCACCGUCACUGAUUGUUGCACAUAGUUCUUCUGUAAAAGGAAAAUUGUAUUGUUUGAAGAUUGUAUUGUUUGAAGAUUGUUCUAAAAUUGUUUUAGAGUUGUAUUUUAAAAUUGUAUUUUAAAUUGUUUUAAGAUAGUGUUGUACAUUCAAUAAAAUUGAAAAAGCAACUCUGAAGGGUGGGCUUUAAUUCCCCACUCAGGGCCAGGAGAACCAGGCUCCCCAGAAUAAGUCCUUGUGGAUCACUGUGUAAAUACAGGGAGCUCUUGGGUCGUGUACAGAAAAUGCCAAUGUAAUAUACCAAAAGGAAGUGAAUACUGUAGAUUUUUUAAUUAUUGCUAUUUUUUUUAUUAUUAUUAUUAUGUUGUUGUUGUUAUUGUUGUUAUUGUUGAUGUUGUUGUUUUUCUCUCGUUGAAAGCACUGCAGUCCUGGGAGGAGGAAGAGGGGGGUGUGUGUUGCGUGUGUGUUGUGGGUGAGAGACGUGAGCAGCAGGUGACCCGAGGCAGCAACUGGCUGAUCAAAGGACAUGAAUGGAGUGAAAUGAAUUCCAUAGGAAAACUCACCAGCUGGGUUUAUUCCCCUCUUCCCCAGCUGGUCUUUAGCUCAAUGCAAACUUGGUAGCAAACGUUUUAGCAAGAGAACUGGCUCUUGCUGUGUCCCGUACCUACUUCCGAUAGGACUCUGUCAUAAAACAGUCUUUCUGAAGAAGGUACAGAGUGGGAGCAGCAAGCUGGAUUCCUGGAAUUUGCACAGUCAGGCUUCCUGUCAGACAGAGGGAAUCUGCAGGAUUUUGUGGUAGGAUUCUUUCUUUUGUACCCCAGUUCUGAUGCAGUUUUAUAUUUUCUUCUGUUUGGAGGAUUUACAGACCUGUAAAUACUUUUUUAACGAUUUCUAGCCAAUCCCUACUGUACACCCCCUGCAGAGGCACCCUGAAUUCCCUCUCUGCUCUCCAUCAGGAACAGACAGGUUAAUCCUCUUGGGAAAGGGCUAACCAAAGGGUGCCCAUGCCCAGCACAGGAAAUUCCAUAUGCAAAAGUCCCUUUUUCUAGAGGAUUUCUGUAUUUUAAUGCUUGCUUAUUUUCACUUCUUCAGCCACUUGCUUAGCCAGCGUAGCACCAAUGAAAGGUGCUUUCUGCACCUUUGAUGAAAGAUCUUCCAUUUCUGCUGAAAUUUUCCUUUCUCUGGAUAAUUUAAAGGGAUUUUUUUUUAGUCCUGUACACUGCAGUUCUUUUCAGGAGUUUUGACUAAGUUUUUGUCUCCAGUUCCUUUCAGUUGUGUUUCACAGAAGCAUGAUUCCAGACUGUGUGUGAAUGGGAUAUUGCUCCAAAGUGACCUUCUCCUGGGAGACAGUGACAUUCACAACCUGUAACAGACGAACACUCAAUGGCUUGGUAUUGUCAAUUCUCAUGAUUUCAUCAAGUGCCACAAUAUUUAAUCUGAGAGAGGGUUUUUUGUUUUUUUAAUCUCAGAUUCUGGAGUCAAGUGUGAAUUUUUACUUCCAGCUUUUGCUGUGCAUUUCUAGCCCUCAAACCCUCACAGUAAAUUAAACUAUUGCAGCAUUGAUUGCAAUUGUUAAUUACAGAAACAUACUGAUAACAGCGAGUGUGAUGAACCAUUCUCACGUGCUGUGGAAAUUGGAAAAGUUUACUUCGAUUUGAGACAAAACCUUGAGAGGUGCCUCAGUGUGGGAUUGUCUCAGGAAAAAUGCAGGAGUGUCUAAGCCAGUUCCCUGCACAUGAAUUAUUGGCAAUACCAAGACCUAAACCUGAUGUCUGUUGCCAGGUUUGCCUGAUUUUUGGAAAUGAAUUCAUGCCAGCCCUGUGGCUGAUGCAGGAGGUGGCAGAGCAGUGUGUGUGCUCUGGUGUCACGAUGCUCAAGCUGCCAUCACCACCCACAUGUGUUCUGUGCACCAGUGCAGAGACCCCGUGCUGUAGCAUGUAUGUGCAUCAAUCCUAGCCAGGCCUGCUGGAGCACAGCAGCGAGCUGGGAUUUGGGAUUAAUGCUCGGCUCUUUGGGAUCAGAGCUGCUCUGCCUGCUUGGCCAGGACUCGGUGCUGCUGGCACUGACACACCUGGGGUUCUGCUCUGCAUUGGCUCAGCAGUGGUUGCUUUUCCAUACUUUCCAAACCGUCUUCCAGCUCUAGAUCCUUGCUGACCUCUGAUAUUUUAUUCCUCAAACUGUGCCUUUGAGUUUCUCCUUUCUCCCUUCAGGCAUCGCAGCCAUAGCAACUUCUCCAGUUUGUGUUGAGCUGUCAUGUGAGGGCCUCUUUUACACAAACCCUUUCUGUGGGCUCUUUCUGUGGGAUCUGCAUGUCCCUGUAGCCAUGUACUGUAAUUGCACAGCUGUAGCAUGGGGGAAUGUCUUGCCAUCCCUUUUGGCGUGGGCAUGUGAGCUGCUCCCUUGUGGCACCGUGCAGGUGAUGUGGGUGUGCUGUGAGCGAGGUGUGAGUGAGCACCCGUGGGGCUGCACUGACAGAACAAGGCAGGAGCAGAUGUGUUGUUCUAGGAGGGUUAUCCCAGCAUUAUUUUGGGAAACACCUUUCCCCAGAGCUCCCCAGUGCUCUGGUAAUGUCAGAGGUCGCUGGCUGACCUGUGUGGUUUGAUGCUGAGGUGUCCAAUUUGAUUUCUGCAAUAGGGGCAGCAUUUCAGCCUGGAUUUUUAGAGGGGAAAUAACCCCUGCCCCAGUACUGGUGAGGUCUUUGGUAGUGCAUCAUUCCAAUACUGUACCUUCUCCUGUGUGUUUCUCAAGCUUGUAGAAUGCUUGUAGGAAAAAGCAGUGGCUCUCAGAGCCUGACCCCUCUCUGUGGUCUCACAGCUCAUUGCUAGGCUGGUUGGUUGUCUGCUUUUCCAGUUUCUCCCCUAAGGUGCCAGGCAUGCUCCUCCAGCUCUGCCACCGAGGGGUCGCUGCCUGUGGACCCCAGAGGGGUGAAGGUUGCAGAGUCAGUGCUGCAAGACUGGAGCUGAUCUGCUGCAGCACAAAACACUGCUCCUGAGUCCUGCAGGCAGCUGUCUCUCCUAGUUUGUUACCAAGCAGCCUUCCAGAAAACUUUCUGCUGCCUCAAGCUGACAAUAUGUGAAAAUGCCAGUUUCUAUUUUGUCCAGACUGAUAAAAUCCACGUGUCUGUUCAGGAGCAGGAGCCCUCCCUGGGCCUGAUCACAUUUGUCUUUAGACUCGUGGCCAGUGGGCUCUGAGGGAGUGAAUGGUGCAAUGUGUGAUGGGGAGCUGGCUUUGUGUUCACACUCUGAGCAAAGGCUGAUGGCUGUGUCUAAUGCUGUGCAAGGAGCUGCUGCUCUCACUGGGGAACAGAUGAAGUAGUGCAGGAAAAAUUGGAUAGCCUGGAGGAGGAUUACUUGUGUUCCUCAGACUGAACAGGAAAGUCACCCCAUCUUGGUGUCUCAGUCCGUGCUGGCCACGUUGGUACCGUUCUAGGAGGGUUCUCUCCAAACCUCAAAGCCACCUGGGCUUCCUGAGUGCUCUGGAAAAGCUUGAGGCCAGCACAGCGGGGCAGGGAGAUGGAGCAGCCUCUUGUGUGUGGCCUCUUGGCAGGCUGUGUGUGGUGUCUGCAGCGUGUGAGGUGAGCAGGGUGACAAGGGACAGGCUCUGAGAGGACAGAGGGAGCAGGGCCUAGGCAGCAUGCUGUAAAUCCCUGUUCUUUGCAACUCUAGGAAUUCAGGCCUUUUUUUUAGGGGAAGUAGAUUUCACAUCUAGGAAUUACCAACUGUUACUUCCCUGGUGUAUCCAAAUGGGCAGCUUUUUACAAAAGCACAGAUCCAUACAGCUACACAUUUUGCCACGUUCCUCUCCAGUGGCAUAACUCAGGCAGGGAAUCUACAGGAGCAUGGAAAGGGAUGUGUGUAUCUUCCAGUUAGAGAAUAUGAGGUGUAUCCACUAAUAAUUUAUUUAUCCAUCUAAUAAAUCAUCAAAGAAAUGGGGUUUAUUUUGCAUUAAUGUAAUUGCUUUGGUUUGGCUGUGAGUUUUUCCCCCAUGAUAUAUCCAUUUCAUGUUCUGAUGCUUGCACAAACCCACCAGCUUUUAACUUGGAAGUCCAUGAAUUUUACAGCCAUGUCCAUGGGAUGUGUCAGCAAUACUUACUUGUGUGGAUGAAUUCUGCCUGUGUUUUGCAAAAAUGUCUGUGUUGUUCCUGGAGAACAAUUCCUGUCCCAGUUGAACCAUGAUGUGCAUUUCCAUCAGUGGUGGCAUGGUCUGCCAGAGAAAAAAGGGUUAAAUUUAGGGUGAUGUUUUUAAGUGUUUCCUUCUCCACAGUAAGUUAACCCCCAGGAGAGUGAGCAUGUCCUUACAGAUCAUGCCUGCCAGGAAUCCUACCUGCAAAAAUAGAUUUUCUGUCUCAAGGGCCUUAAUAAGAGUGUUACUACACAGAACUGUUCUACAGUGAUAGCUCUAAAUAAUUUAUUUUUUAUUUCAACAAAGUACACCUUUAAAAAGGAAUAAACUUGUUUUUCAAGCCCUAUUUUUAUGCUUGUAGCACUGGACUGUUUGGUCUCUGAGAUCCAUUUCUGCAUUUCAUUGCCUGGGUUUGUUCUAAAGAAGAUUUAUUUUUGUUCUGUGAAUAAUUUUUGAAGGUUCUUGUAAUAUGUACAGAUAUAGAUACAUUUGAGGACUUUUAUUGAUAUUCCUACAAAGAAUACAAAUAAACUUUAACUUUAAACAGCUUGGACUCUGUAAGCUCACGCUG